GGGAGCGCGGAGGGCGGAGCGAGGGGAGCGCGGGCCACCAACGCCACCGCCCCCGCCCUACGCCGCCCGCGCGCAACAGUUCCCCCAAAGUUGCAGCCCGGGAGGCGGGCCGCCAGUCGGGGACGCUGCGGUAUGGGCACCCGGCAGACCAAGGGCAGCCUGGCGGAGAAAGGCAGCCCGGGCGCGGCGCCCGGUCCCCGCCGGGAACGGCCCGACUUCUGGGCGUCGCUGCUGCUGCGCGCCGGGGACAAGGCGGGGCGCGCGGGCGUCGGCGCGGGACUACCCCCCUACCACAGACGCGUUAGCAUGGUCCAGGAGCUGCUGCGGAUGGUGCGCCAGGGCCGGCGGGAGGAGGCAGGGACGCUGCUGCAGCACCUACGCCAGGACCUGGGCAUGGAGUCCACCUCGCUGGACGACGUUCUGUACCGCUAUGCCAGCUUCCGGAACCUGGUGGACCCCAUCACCCAUGACCUCAUCAUCAGCCUGGCUCGCUACAUCCAUUGCCCCAAGCCGGAAGGCGAUGCUCUGGGUGCCAUGGAGAAGCUGUGCCGGCAGCUGACAUACCAUCUCAGCCCCCACUCCCAGUGGCGGAGGCACCGGGGGCUGGUGAAGAGGAAGCCACAGGCCUGUCUCAAGGCUGUCCUAGCUGGAAGCCCGUUGGACAACACGGUAGACCUGUCGGGCAUCCCACUUACCUCCCGUGACCUGGAGCGGGUGAGCAGCUACCUGCAGCGCUGUGGGGAGCAGGUGGACAGCGUGGAGCUGGGCUUCACAGGCCUCACAGAUGACAUGGUCCUACAGCUGCUGCCAGCACUCAGCACACUGCCCCGCCUCACCACACUGGCCCUCAAUGGCAACCGGCUGACCCGAGCCCUGCUGCGUGACCUCACCGACACCCUUAAGGACCCCAGCAAGUUCCCCAGUGUCACGUGGAUUGACCUGGGCAACAACGUGGACAUCUUCUCAUUGCCCCAGCCCUUCCUGCUCAGCCUGCGCAAGCGCUGCCCAAAACAGGGCCACCUACCCACCAUCUUGGAGUUGGGUGAGGGCGCAGGCUAUGGAGAAGAAGUCCGGGAUGGAACAGUGGGCCAGGAGGACCCUGGAGGGGACCUUCUGGCCCCUGCUAAGGACUGAGGGCAGGGAGACCGCAGGUGCAGCUCAGACGUGACACAGAAGUGGGGCCUUGUGGGGUAGGAUGGCUGAAGCAGACUAACCACUCCUACCAGGGUGCUCAGGCCAUCACCUAACACAGGCCUGGGCAGCUCCACCCAUGGGAAAGCCAGAUUGCAGAAUCUGGAAAAGGCAGGUUGUGUAAUGCUUCUCACUGGCCUUCCCUCUUCCCCCUUGUCAUCUUUGACUACUGAGAAGCUAUCCUUUGCCCAAAGUAAUCAGUCCUCAGCCUUCCAGGAUUUAGGAAGUGGGGAUACUGGUAGCCUGAGAUGUGAGUUAAAUGCUCUCUCCCAGGAGUGCAGUUGGGACCCUACAUCCAGCCCCAGACUUUCUGAUACUACAUUACAGUUGUCCUGUUCAGGGCAGCAAACUCCAGACAGAUAGAUGCUAACUGUGCCCCUGCUCCAGGCAUGUUGGAAUCUUAGCAGCGCUCCUGAGUGAAGGGGGUUGGGGGUAGGGGACUGGCUACCAGGUUCCAGGAGCCUAGACUCCCUGUGGACCACAGACCGAAAGUCAUUCAGCUCCUUAAGCUGUGGGCUCCUUGUAACUGACUUCCCAGUCUCCACCCUCACACCCAUGACUCCAGAGGUCUGCCUGUGGAACCAGCCACCGUUCAAGAGUAUCCUAAGGUGACUGGGGCAGAUACGUCAAAGGCCACUGCAAAACCCUAUCCCACAAUCCCUCCACACACCAACAAAAAAAUUACUAGACUCAUUCCCAGUGUUGCCCUGUGCAGGCCAGAGCACUGUCUCCUUUUAAAUAGGGUCUAAGGAUGCUUUUCCCAUCAAGUUCCAUGAGGUCCCAAGUAUCCUUGACACUUUGAGCACAUUCCCAGAACCUACUAUGGAAGGCUGUUAUUGAACACAAAGGACCAGAAUGGUGCUAAAAGCACUCCUAUUAAUUCACAGAAGACCUGCCUCCAAAGAUGGCUAAGGGGAGGGAAACUAGGUCCCCAAAAGCAAAGGUUUUCACCCACUGUUAACCCAUAGCCUAUCAUAAUUUAAAAAAAAAAAACAAAACAGCAAGAUGGAGGCUAGGGUGAGAGGCAGGCUAGACAACACAACUUCAGGGGUUACUAGAGGAAGGCUAGGCAGAGACAGAGCCCAGGGUAACUAGGGACUGGACUGAAGUAUAUGGAUGCCUUAAAUGCUUUGGAUUUUUGCCUCAAAGUCUAAAAAGAACUUAGACUACAGGGAAGUUGACAAGUGGACUGGUAAUAUUUGACAGCAGUGGUCAAACUUAACCCUUCAAAUACACAUUUUAAGAAACAAUACCAAAGGCCAUCCUUUAUUACAAUGGCAGUUUAUGGUACAUAGAUAUUAACUUCAGGAGGAAGUUUACAGCUUAAACAACUCAGACCCUUGCCCAAUACAACAAAUACAACAUUAAAAUGUACAGAAGCUCCUUUUGAUCAGGACAAUACUAGAAAACUCAUGAAUUUCAUGAUGCCAAAGUGCAUGUCCUGUGCAAAGGUUGCCAAAUCCACUUCUUGGCUCUACUAUUGGUAAGAAUGUCCUCUGAUGCUUAGUAUAAGGUGAGACUGUUUCCACAGCAAAUGCUGACGCCUAGGGUUUCUGAGUCCGGGUUGUCCAGGUGGUACUGGGCCAUGGAGACUUCAAAUGCUACCACUGCUGCAGCACUGCUGACCAUCUAGAAACGUGGUCUACAAAGAAACAAGUGUCAGUCACACUCUCUGUUCCCAACAAUAGUCAUUCACAGUGUAGGACAUCCUCAGAAAACGUAGAUUCACCACCAUACAAUCUGCCGGUAAUUCCAGCUAUUUUGGGUGAUAUCAUCAUUUGAUAUCCUUUAUUAAAUUGCAACAGAA